CACAAUGUCAGGAUGCUACAAGUAGAUAUGAGACCCAUUGGUUUAUUGUAAAUUCUGCACAGAUGAUAUGAGCUCUUGCGAAAUACUUAACAUCAUGUCUUUAUAAUCACAACAAUGGAAAGCUACGAGACAGUAUAGCAGAAACGGAUUGGAUGUCGCUAAAUACAGUCUCUUACAGAUCCCCCCCUUAUUUACAUUUGUUAUACCUUUUGUCCAUAUACUUUGUUAUAACGUCUGAAAAGAAGUCAGACGAUUUACAAGAAAUGCAUGAGGUCUGUGAACAUGUACGUGUGUGUACGCAACCGCAAAGACUACAGUGGAUGUGCACAAUGGCAAGGUCAGCUGCUUCUGGGAAAUCAGCCAACAGUAGGGAGUUUGACAGACCUAUCAUACAGUUCACACACACACAUUCUAACGGUUUCCUGUCAACACCCAGAAAAAAAAACGUAAAAACCCCCCCUCCUAAAACUCUGUGAAAUUUGUUUAGGGCUGCUUGUAAUCUUCACUCUCUCCAUCUGACUGAAAAAGCAACACAGGAAUUAUUGGUAGAAACAAAGUGAUUAUUAAGAGAGAACAUCCAAAACUGUGACUUCCAAGGGCAGCUGGUAAACGUGAAAGUUAAACAAAGUUGUACGUUUCACUACCUAGUGCAGUGUAUCUAGCGUUCUACAAUGGCAGCAUCUGUCUCUGAGUUGUUGCUGGACGUUCUGGAGAAACUGGACAAAAGAGAGCUGGAUAGAUUUAACUGGGAGCUGAGCAAUAGCAAUCUGAAAGGUUUUCCUAACAUUUCAAAGGCUCACCUGGAGAAUGUCACAAGGCAUGCCACUGUGGAUAGGAUGGUGGAGACCUACUGCGAGGAGGGAGCUGUGAACGUCACAAACAUGAUCCUAAGCAACAUGGACUUUAACAACCUUGCUAUGUCUUUAAAGAGAGAUCUUCCAGAAGAGGAACCAGCACAGAACAAAAGAAUGGAAGAGGGGGAAUCGGUGAGUGUGCUGAAGGACAACCUGAGAUCUGACUUAACACAUCUGGAGGAAAAGCUGGAGAAAUGUGAAAACGCCCGAGAGAGCUACGAUAGCAUGACUCAGCACACCAAGGAUCAGCAGGUGGACACAACGAGGCGGAUCAGGGAAGAGUUUGAGAAGCUCCACCAGUUCCUGAGAGAGGAAGAGGAGGCCAGACUGGCUGCUCUGAGGGAGGAGGAGAAGGAAAAGGGAAUGUUAAUUGAGAGAGGCAUGGAGAGCAUUGAUGAGCAGAUCUCCUCUCUCACAGAUGCCAUUGAGGCUGUGAAAGAGGACUUGAAGAAAGGCAGUGAAAAAUUCCUUGUGAGUUACAAACGCACCCAGAGCAGAGCCAGAGCCCAACUUGAACAUACGGAUCCACAGCUCGUCUCCGGAGCGCUGAUCGACAUCGCCAAACACCUGGGAAACCUGCAGUUCCAAGUCUGGGAGCAGAUGCAGGCGAUAGUCAAACACUCGCCCAUCAUUUUGGACCCCAACACGGCUCCCUCUACUAUGACUUUGUCUGAUGACCUCACCAGCGUGCGACACACAGCCAUAGAGAAGCAGCAGACUCCGGACAACCCAGAGCGGUUCACACGGUGGGCAAAGGUCAUUGGCUCCGCAGGCUUUGUGAAGGGUUCAGAGCAUAGCUGGGAGGUGGAGGUGGGCGACCAACCUGAGUGGAAUUUAGGCGUGGCUGCAGAGUCCGUCAAUCGGAAGGGAGAAAAUCUUCUUGCGUCACCAGAAUACGGAAUCUGGGCUAUACUGAAAAGGGGGCGCAAGUAUACAAAUGGAAUUGGUAAAGCCCUCACUCUGAAGAGGAUACCCCAGAGGAUCAGAGUUCAGCUGAACUACGACAGGGGGGAAGUGGCUUUCUAUGACCCCAAAGACAAUACACACAUCUACACUCAUAAACAUAGGUUUACUGAGACGGUCUACCCAUACAUCUCUGUUUGGAAGAUAAAAGACGCCUGCAACCGUGAUAUACAGAUCUGCCCAUCAGAGGUGUCUGUGACAGUAAAAUCAUAUCAGUGAGGUAUGUGCGCGUGUUGGUGGGUGUAUCGAUCCAAUCCUCUCUGAUAUUCACAGGUGUAUCUGCUCCAAUAGUGUAAAACUCAGAAAGGCAUGUGUAUUUAUGUAUUAAAUUGUAGAUUUCAAAAGGCUUAUACGACUUUUCUCUAAACCAACCCAAACUAUUAUUGUUCUGUAUAAGAUGUCUGCCCUGUUACAUUUCAAAUAUUGUUGUAGUUUAAUAAUUGUUCACGUUUCAUGUCCAAAUCAUCCUAAAGUGUCUGAAAUUCCUAAUGUAGAUCAAUUAAGUUAUACUUUAAGAUGCUAAUAUACGGGAUAUUGCCUUGUAUUGGUGUUGGGUCACAAAUGCUAAAAAGUUAGUUAACUAUCCCUUUAAAGGGGAAAUCCACAGCUGAAACAAUAACAAAGCAGUGUCCUCUGGGCCUGGAGAAAUGUAACCACUCAAAUUCAUAGACAGAGCUAUGGAUGCAAGGACGGCUCAUCCAAGAUAACAAAACAUUGGAGGACUUCUAUAUUAGUGAUAUAUAUACAUGUUGAUUCUUGAAGAAUAUAACGUAUAAAUGCCAUGAGCUUGGAUAAACUGUUGUACCCAAUCAGAACCCAUAUACAAGCUUAUAUUUUGGGUUCUGAUGGGGUACGACAGUUUAACUAUAAGCUCAUGGCAUUUAUAAGUAAUAUUCUUCAAGAAUCAACAGGUAAAUAUCACUUACAAUAUCAUUCCAAAUUGGAUGUAGCAACUGCAGAUUGCCCCUUUUUGAGGUUUCAUUAGGUAUAUGUUGAUAGUUCAACAUUUUGUUUUAUUCAACCACAAGAUCUGUGUGCCAUGUCUACUUGUACUUUUUACUAAACAUUUACUUUGACUUCCAGCACCGGUUGAAAGAUAGUCUUAUAAUUUUUCCCCAAAUGUUCCAAUCUGCUGUACUGAACUUUCUGUAUGAGAUGUAAGGGGUUUACAUACAUGUUUAUAUAUUUGCCUUCUUUAAAGUAGAACUUGUUUCUGUAGUCAGACAGAAUGACAUGGCUGCGAAAAGAAAGUGUCAUUUUGACAAGACUACGGUCGAAACGUGUCACCUUUUUGAAUAAACUAGCACCAUGGAUUCAUAAAUAGGGUUGUGGCCCAUUAAUGUGUGUUGUUACUCUUCCCUUAUUUUUAAGGCUGGGAUUCCAUAAUGGAGCAGCACAUUAGACAGCCGGCAAUGCACCAUUUAAAGGCAAUUUCUUUCGCAUAGAUCACAUUCAUUUCUUUCGCUUAGUGCGCUGCUCUAUAACGUGCCUCGGAUUGAAUCCCAGUCUUGGUAUUUCAGUAUUUACCCAAAAGACCACAGCAUUCCCAUAGAAAUGUAUAAUGCAUACCUGUAUCUGAUGUAUCCUUUGUUAUGCAUUGGUAUCCCAUUAUGUUUUUACACGAAAGCUCACAUAAUGUUGCUUUACCGUUAACACAUACAGUACAGUCGUAAGAUACAGUACGUAGGAAAAUGUUGCUAAAGAUUGAUCCCCACCAAAAAGUAAUGUUAUC